AUGGAUAGAAAAGUGCGUGUAAUUAGCAUUCUGCUCGGUUGUUUGGUGCUGUUUAGCGAUGGACAAUCUUUGGACAGUGGGUUGCUGGUCGAACGGGAACAGGAUGACGUGAUGCGAGUGCAGAAGAGUGCAGCAAAUUCCUUCCCGACCGAUGAAGGUGCCGAUAGCUUCGUCGUGGAGAAGGAGUACGACCCGCAUGAGGUAACUCCCUUCCUGGUCGGUGGUGGACCGGCAAUCGCCGGUGCGUACCCGGCCCAGGUCGCCAUACAGAUCGGUACGACGACGUUCUGCGGUGGAUCGAUCCUGAACCAGAACCACAUACUCACUGCGGCCGGUUGUGUGCUGGAUGCGAACAACAACCUGAUCGCCGCCAACCAAGUGACGGUGCGUGCCGGCGUGCUGGUGGUGGACCAGAAUGCACCGGCCCUUGCCGUCAACCGGAUCUUCCCCCAUCCGCAGUACAACCCGUGGUCGUUCGAGCACGACAUUGCCGUGCUGAGGCUGACGAACAACAUCGUGUUCCCGCAGGUGGCCACACCGAACAUGGCACCGGCCGAACUGAACCACCGGAUCGUGCGUGAUGCGGACGUUUGCCAAGUCCUUGGCUGGAAUUGGUUGCCCACUGCACAGAACGUACCACUCCAGGUGCUGAAUGUUGUGUACGGGUCUCGGGCUACCUGUACCGCCCAACACCAAGGGAUGCUGCGCGAUUCGAUGGCCUGCACAGAGCUUACGGUCAACACGCACGGAAUCUGCGCAGCGAACCGUGGUGGCGGUCUGUACUGCAACGAUCUGCUAACCGGUGUGAUCUCGUUCGGGUUCGGCUGUGGAACGAACAACACGUACACGGUGCACACCCAGAUCCGAUUCUAUCACCACUGGAUACAGCAGCAGUUUGUACGCACGGAUACACCGGUCGCCGGCCCUACUCCGAUGCCGGGUGUAGGAGGUGGCGGUGGUGACGCCAGCAGCAUCACCCUCUCCCUAGCGACCAUCAUGGUAGCGAUCGUAUCUGCCCUCUUCCUCAACUAA